GCUGUCUGUGGCUACUCCGGUGCUUUCAGCUGUCGGGCUCUUCCGGCUCUUGUCGCCAAGGGAAAAGAGCCAGGAAGAUAUUCUGAACUGUUGAUAUUAAAGGCCUGGUCUACACUAGGUGUUUAUACCAAUUUUAGCAGAGUUAAACCGAUUUAACGCUGCACCCAUCCACACAACGAGGCCCUUUAUAUCGAUAUAAAGGGCUCUUUAAACCGGUUUCUGUACUCCUCCCCGAGAGAGGAGUAGCGCUGAAAUCGGUGUUACCAUAUCAGAUUAGGGUUAGUGUGGCCGCAAAUCGACGGUAUUGGCCUCCGGGUGGUAUCCCACAGUGCACCACUGUGACCGCUCUGGACAGCAAACUGAACUCGGAUGCACUGGCCAGGUAGACAGGAAAAGCCCCACGAACUUUUGAAUUUCAUUUCCUGUAUCGCUGGUGUGGAGAGCUCACCAGCACAGGUGACUACGCAGAGCUCAUCAGCACAGGUAACAAUGCAGUCUCCUGAGAAUCGAAAAAGAGCUCCAGCAUGGACCGCACGGGAGGUACUGGAUCUGAUCGCUAUAUGGGGAGAGGAUUCUGUGCUAACAGAACUCUGUUCCAAAAGACGAAAUGAAAAAACAUUUAAACGAAUUUCCAAGGCUAUGAUGGAGAAAGACCACAUCAGGGACUCAGUGCAGUGCAGAGUGAAAGUUAAGGAGCUCAGACAAGCCUACCAGAAAACCAAAGAAGCAAAUGGAAGGUCCGAGGCAGGGCCGAAAACAUGCCACUUCUGCGCGGAGCUGCAUGCAAUUUUAAGGGGGUCCACCACCACUACCCCACCCAUGUCCGUGGAUUCCGAGAUGGGGGUGGUAAUCUCAGUCAUGGCUGAGGAUUCUGCGGACGGGGAAGAUGAGGAGGAGGAGGAAGAGGAGGACGAGCUUGCAGAGAGCACACAGCACUCCGUUCUCCCGAACAGCCAGGAGCUUUUUCUCACCCAGAUGGAAUUACUCUCCCAGCCCUCCCAAGCCACUAGCCCAGACAAUGAAGCGAUGGAAGCGACCUCUGCUGCAAAUUUUUCAAGCCUCCCUACUCCAUCCCGAAGGCUAUCUCAGAUAAGGCGGAGGAAAAAAAAGACACGAGACAAAAUGUUCUCGGAAAUCAUAGAAGUAACCCGCAAUGAAAGAGCUCAUCUGAAUGAGUGGAAGGACAUGGUAUCAAAUUACAGGAAAGAUGCCAGUGAACGUGAGGACAGGAGGGACCAACGUGAGGAGAGGAGAGACGCUCGAGAUGAGAGGUGGCGGCAGGAAGAUCAACAGUGGCGGGAUGUAAUGCUGGGGCUGCUGCGUGAUCAAACUGACAUCCUCCGACGUCCAGUGGAGCUUCAGGAACAGCAGCAGGGUCACAGAGUGCUGCUGCAGCCCCUGUGUAACCAGCCUCACCACUCACCAUGUUCCAUAUCUUCCUCACCCAGACGUGUAAGAACGCGUGGGGGAAGGCUUCAUGCACCUGCCCACUCCACCCCUUUGGACAGCCCAACCAAAAGGCUGUUAUUACUUUGAAAUAUUUUUAGUAGCCUUUUCCUUCCCUCCUAUCCUCCUCCCAAACCACACCCGGGAUACCUUGUCAGUUCUCUCCUU